UUGGUUCCAACACGAUAUGCAAAGAGAAAACACUUAUUGUGAAAUUCAAUCAAUAGAAUGCUAUUCGUUAGAGUUAAAAUUUAAUUUAGGGCCAGAUUAUCAAGACACGAGGCAAAAAUUGGAAAAUUAUACAGUGAAAACUGCGCAAAUAAGAAUAACAGGAGUUAGUAUUGGUUGUUUUAGAAGACUGCAGCCAAGAGUGGAGAAGCAGUUGACAAGUCUUGGUGAAUGGAGCUCUCCACCGGUACCCGAUGUAAUAUAAUUGUGACCCAGGGUGGUUUGUAAACUGGGCUACAAGUUUGUUGUUGGUUGUGGAAGCCUCGCGUCUAUAUGUAUGUGCGGUUGCCCCUGGUGACGGGGGUGGUGGCAAGCUGCAGACAUUGGGCGCAUAGCGAGCAAGCACGCUCUCAAAGUUCCCGUGUCUGGCAAGAACGGCUGUGCUGGUAGUCGUGAUCGCGGCGGCCGUCGAGCCAAUAAGGGUUCUGGAGGAGGAGGAGGGGCAGGAGGAGGAGGAGGCCCCCGUGCCGACCUGGUAGGCCUACCAGCCUCGACCAACCCGCCAGCGCCGCCCGUCAUGAACCACGUCACUGAGCCACCCACCCCUGACAAGGACCUCGAGCUCAUGGAUACCCAGGAAGAGGAAGUGGCAGAAGAGGGUGGAGGGGAUGGAGGAGGCGGAGGUGGAGGCGGAGGUGGUGGGGGUGGUGGUGGAGAUGAUGGAGGAGGGGUAACAAUAGCUGAGGGCGGUGAAGAAGAACAAAUGAAUGGAGAUACACAAGAAGUAUCCUCCUCAACGACACCACAUGACACUGAGAUGGACGAAGAUGAUGCACGCUCAGAAGCAAAAUUUCAGUAUCGUGUUAAAGAUUUCAGCAAGUUGAAGGACACAAUGUUGUCACACCCAUGUUAUGUUCGUAAUUUGCCUUGGAAGAUUAUGGUUAUGCCAAGGACCAGUCAGUCUCAAGAUCGUCAACCUCAACGAUCUCUUGGAUUCUUCCUGCAAUGCAAUGGAGAGUCAGAAUCAACCUCUUGGUCGUGCAAUGCUGUUGCAGAAUUGCGCCUCCUCUCAGUGCGGGAGGGCGUAGCACCAUUUACUCGAAAAAUUCAGCACUUAUUUUACAGUAAAGAGAAUGACUGGGGUUUUUCCCACUUCAUGGCAUGGAAUGAAGUCCUGGACCCAGAGAAAGGAUAUAUCAAAGAUGAUACAAUUACGUUAGAGGUAUGGGUCUCUGCAGAUGCUCCACAUGGUGUGUCAUGGGAUAGUAAAAAACAUACCGGUUAUGUUGGACUCAAGAAUCAGGGUGCCACAUGUUAUAUGAACUCCCUCCUUCAAGUUCUUUAUUUUACAAGCCAGUUAAGAAUGGCUGUUUACAAAAUGCCAACUGAAAGUGACGACUCUACCAAGAGUGUGGCAUUGGCACUUCAGCGAGUGUUCCAUGAACUCCAAACAAGUGACAAACCAGUGGGUACUAAGAAGCUCACCAAAUCCUUUGGUUGGGAGACCUUAGAUUCCUUCAUGCAGCAUGAUGCUCAAGAAUUUUUGAGAGUGCUCUUAGACAAAUUAGAAACCAAAAUGAAGAGUACCUGCGUUGAGGGAGUAAUUCCAAGGUUAUUUGAAGGCAAGACUGUGUCUUACUUCAAGUGUAAACAUGUAGACUACACUUCUUCAAGAACAGAGACCUUUUAUGAUAUCCAGCUAAAUAUAAAAGGAAAGAAAGACAUAUAUGAAUCGUUUAAGGAUUACGUCAGUGUAGAAACAUUGGAAGGUGACAAUAAAUAUGAUGCUGGUGAGCAUGGCCUACAGGAGGCAGACAAGGGUGUCAUAUUCCAGAGCUUUCCACCUGUGCUGCAUCUUCACCUUAUGAGAUUCCAGUACGACCCCAUCACAGAUUCUAAUGUCAAAAUAAAUGACAGAUACGAAUUCCCAGAGAAGUUAAACAUGGACCAGUUCCUGCAGAAACCCGACACUACACCAGCCACUUAUGUUCUUCAUGCAGUUCUGGUUCAUUCAGGAGAUAAUCAUGGAGGUCACUAUGUUGUCUUCAUCAACCCUAAGGGAGAUGGCCGGUGGUGUAAAUUUGAUGACGAUGUUGUAUCGAGGUGCAGUAAACAGGAAGCCAUUGAUCACAAUUUUGGUGGUCAUGAAGAUGACCUCAACCUAACAGUGAAGCACUGUACUAAUGCAUACAUGCUUGUGUACAUAAGAGAGAGUUGUCUCAGAACUGUUCUACAGGAAGUAACAGAGGAGGACAUUCCCCAAGAGCUUAUUGACCGACUACAAGAAGAAAAGCGUAUUGAAAUGAUACGUCGCAAAGAGAGAAAUGAGGCUCAUUUAUAUAUGAAUAUCCAGGUCAUCCUGGAGGAUUCAUUUUCUGGUCAUCAAGGAAAUGACCUUUAUGAUCCAGACAAGGCCAAUUAUAGAAUAUUCAGGGUAAAAAAAAAUGCCACGUUGCAGGAUUUCCUGGAGCAAGUUGCAGAUAGCCUUAAGUACCCCGUCGAGCAAAUUCGACCAUGGCCACUAAAUCUCCGGACAAAUCAAACAAACAGACCCACACUCCUAGACCUUGAAACUGAUCUUCAUAAACCUUUACUUGAGAUUAGUGAUAAUGCUAAUCCUUGGACAGUGUUCAUUGAGACAGUGUCUCCAGAUUCAGGGUUAAAGGCCCUGACGGCAUUCGACAAGGAUUCAGAUGUUCUACUUUUCUUCAAGUAUUAUGACCCACGCCAUAAGCGGUUACACUACUGUGGACACCACUACAUGCACAUCUCCUUUAAUGUCCAAGAGUUGGUACCUCUGUUGAAUGAGCGUGCAGGACUGCCUCAAGGCACAGAAUUAGCACUCUUUGAAGAGAUCAAGCCUAAUCUGGUAGAGCGGCUGGCCGAUCUUGACCGACCAUUAGAAAAGGUGCUCGAUGAGCUGAUGGAUGGAGACAUCAUUGUGUUCCAGCGUGACGACCUCCUGGAUGAUCCCAACCUUGAGCUUCCGUCCUGCCGUGAUUACUUUAGGGACCUCUUCUUCAGGGUGGAGGUAACAUUCUGUGAUAAGACUGUUCCAACAGACCCUGGGUUUAUUAUGGAAUUGUCACAAAGGAUGAAUUAUGAUCAGAUGGCAAGAGCCGUCGCCCACCGUUUAGAUACAGAUCCAUAUCUAUUACAGUUUUUCAAGUCACAGAGCUACCGAGAUGGGCCAGGAAACCCGGUGAGAUGUACCUAUGAAGGAACUCUCAAAGAUAUGCUAGUCUGCAUGAAGCCACGGCAUCCUAAAAAAAUAUACUACCAGCAGCUUAGUAUUAGAAUUAAUGAGCUUGAAAAUAAAAGGCAAUUCAAGUGUAUGUGGCUUGGGGAAAGAAUGAAAGAAGAGCUAGAGUUAGUACUCUAUCCAAAUAAAAAUGGAACAGUAGCUGACCUAUUGCAUGAAGCAAGAAAGCAGGUCACCUUAGCAGAAAAUGGUUCUGGUAAAUUAAGGCUUGUAGAUAUCUCUUCAUAUAAAAUUGCCUCUACACCUCCUGAGAGCAUGAGCUUGGAUAGCCUCAGCACAGCAGGAACCAGAUCUUAUCGAAUAGAGGAAUUGCCAACAGAGGAACUCCACAUCGCAGAUGAUGAAAUGUUAAUACCAGUUGCGCAUUUCCAUAAAGAAAUAUUUUCUACAUUUGGUAUACCAUUCCUCUUCAAAAUAAAACAGGGCGAGCUGUUCUCUCAUGUCAGAGAUCGCAUUCAGAAGAGGCUGGAUGUACCGGAUAAGGAAUUCGAAAAGUAUCGCUUUGCCAUUGUUAUGAUGGGAAGGCCAACUUUCCUUACUGAUGAUGACAUAGUUAAUCUACAAGACUUCAAACCACAUCCAAACCAGACUUCUAUACCUGCAAAACCAUGGUUGGGAUUGGAACAUGUCAACAAGGCUCCAAAACGCUCCCGGUACAACUAUCUAGAAAAGGCCAUCAAGAUAUACAACUGAAAGUCAAGUUACUGGAAUGAGAGCAUCGUAACUGGAGUCAAUAGGCAAACAGGAAGUGGGUGGUGGCUUCCUUGUUCCUGUGUGUGUGGUGUUGCUGCUCUGUGCUGUGUCUCGAUUGGAGUUGGUCUGUCAUCCCCUAACCUUCAGCCUCCUUGUGCAAGUCUACAUGGUGAUCCAGAUUGUCGUAUGUUCAUAUGACAGGUAUCAUGUGAUAAGACUCCAAAGGUCCAUAUCUGUGUACAGUACCAGUGUAUAUGACAGUAAAGCUUGACAUAAGUGCUUCAUAUGCCAAAGUGUGGUACAAGUGGGCAUUGUCGGAGACUUUAGUGUUUUUUAUUAUUAUUAUUUAUUUUUAGAGAAAGCCGAAUCGACAAGGAUGAGCCUUAUUAUAUGCAUUGUGGAGCAUUGCUAUACAAUUCAAGUUACAGAAAAAUUAAGGCAUUUCUUAAUGGUUGUUGUCUGACAUUUUAGAUGGUUUAGGUAUCUGAAUGUGCUUGAAGGCAUUAUUUGACUUGUAGCCACGUUGUUUUAUAAGUCUGUGAUAAGGUAGUAGUAGUAACAGUGGAGGUGAAUGAAUAUGGUGCAUUGCAUUGAACAGCUGAAGUGUGAUGCAAGCUGCAGUUCACAGGCAUAACUGAUCUGAAAGAAGCAGAAAUCCUUGCUGCCAAACUCUAAGCUGAUGUUACAGGUCCUACAAGGUACUAUUGAUGAACAAGUUUAACAGGACCUGUAUUUGUAAUGAGAAAAUAGUGACCUGAACCACGUGUAAAGUUAAGGGGCAGUGGUUACAUACGGCUUUUAUUGAUUGGUGACUUGUGUAUAUGGUGUGUGUUUUCUGGAGUGGUAUGUUCUUACCUUGUUUCAAAGCCUAUGAGAUAUACAGUACUACUUUUCCCUCCUGAGUGUUAUUCUAGGGGAAGCUUCAUGCGCAACCUUUAUGACCUUGUGUAUUGUCAUACCCAGCCAUUUGGCAUUAAGUAAGCUGAUGUAUUCUCACUUCCCAAGAUCUCUUGUGACUAAAUGGCAAUAUCACUAAUUCAUUCAGUUUAACAUGUCAUUGAGGUUUUUUAUUAUACUCUUUGAAAAGCUUCACAUACUAAAUAUGUUUUAAUUGACAAAGUAUAUCUUCAAAUUUGAUGAUAUUCUUCUUAAGAUAAGUAAUGAUGUUUUGCACUAAUUUUAUCCAGGAUGAGGUAGUGUUUACUUUAUAACUAUACAUUAAAAAGAAGCUUAGCAAGCUCGAAUUAUUUGAUUUAAAAAGACACAUGAGCCAACACUAGCGUGUAUUUUUUAGAAAUUUUUUCGGUCCUGGGAUCUUUAUUACGUCUAACAUGCAAAGGGUCAAGAAUGUCAUAGACAUAAAGUAGGGUGUGAGAGACAAUUAGUGACCGGAGGUAAGUGCAUAAUACGAGUGAAGUUUUUGAGAUUGCAUCAGGUAGCCUGUGAGAUCACCUGAGACCAAUGUUGUAAAUUAGGCAGGACUUAACUUGAUCAAGUAUCAUGUAUAUCAGUGUUUUUGACAUAUUGUUGCUACCAGCAUUUUGUUCCAGGGAAUCAAUGAUGGUAAUCGUGGAAGCUUCCAGGCACCUUUGACAUCUAAGGCCAGGCUGAGUGACAAGUUGUGCCUCUUUCCAACUUGUCAAAUGUCUCAGAAUUUCUGUGGAUGACAUGGGUAUUAUUUAGGUCCAUGUUCCAAGCACCUCGAUGAUCACUCAGGUUGAUGUAUAGACUUCUGCUUGUCUUCGCUACGUAUUUCUUGGAAGUGUGUGUCCACAGAAAAUGGUGUAAAGAUGCAGGACUAUACCUUGUAGCAAGGUCCUUGAUAGAGGUUGUAAGCCAUAUUGAUGUUGUUUCUCAUAAGUACCUGUUGGGUAUUCUUGGCAACAUUACCUUGUAGAAGCACUAAGAACUGCUAAGUGGAAUAUUCCAUGGGGAUUUUAAGGAUGGCUUCAGCCUUAAACCUUCAUUCCCAGUUGAAGGAAAAGGGGAAAGAAAGAAGUGUUAAGUCUUCUGUUAUGUAAAUACAAUCCUCAAGAUAACUAAGGGCUAGAGAUAUGACUAGCUCUCAAGAAGAAAUCAGUAAGGACACUGCUUUUGGUGCAGUGUCAUUGUGCAAAUAGAAGUGUAUAAAAUCCUUUUUAGUAGGUUUCAUGUACACUUUGAAAGGAAGGUUGUUGCUGUUGGGUGAACUGCUCAGUAAAACAUUGAGGAAAGGUAGUCUGGCUAAUUUCUGUGGGGUUCCAGUGGGAGCUAUAUAGCUAGCUUCUCAGUUUUGACCUUGUUGAGAAGGGCCUGAAUAUUAAAACAUCUAUGACAGAAUACCAACAUACCUUAGCAAGGAAGCAGUGUUAGCAGUUAGGGUGCUGAAUUUCUCAGUCUCCAAGUUCUCCACGAAUUAGCAAGCUCAGCAUUGAAAGGGUUGCUUAGUGCCAUCCCAAGUUUUUGCUUGUAUCAGUUACCUUGAUACUAUCAAGCCAUUUAUAAAGUUCACAUUGGAACCCAAAAAAGAGGCCAGAUUACCUUUUCCGGAUGUCUUGUGCAGGUCUCUUGACAGCUGCACCCUUAUUUAUGAAGUGUAUAGAAGACCCACCAAAAAGGGAUGAUCUUGUACACUGCUAUUCACAUAAUGAUGCACCAAACUAGGUAUCCUUCGCAUGUCUUCAUCCCCCCCCACCCCCUUUUUUUUUUUUAUUAUUAUUAUUAUUAUUAUCCUCCAUCAACAUCUCACUACAAAGAAUCCUACACCUCUUACUUCCAUGGUAGGCAUCUACACCAUUAUCUGUGGAGACACAUUUUCAAGAAAUAUGUAGGGGGAGAGGCAGAAGUCUACAUAUCCACUUUAGUGAACAUCAAUGCACCUGCAACAGGGAUGACUUAAGCAACACCAAUGUCCUCCCAUAGUAAACCCAACAGGACAGUUGAUGAGUUGGUAAGAAGCAUAGCUCACCAUCACUGAAAUCAAUUAUUGCCAUCAGAGACAAUGGAACAAAAAGCUGGAAAGUUUAAACCCAUAAAAAACUCAGAUAUACAUGAUAUUUGAAAGGUGAAGCCCCUCCCACCUCAAAACAUAGGAAUCAGGUGACCCCUGGGCUACUUGAUGCCAUCUCAAAAACCUCAUUCGUACUAAUAAUGUGACCUAGUGUUUGUUUGCGUGUCUUUUUAAACCAAUUCUCAGUAUCUAUUACCAAGGCUUAUUGUACCUUGAAUUUUUUGUUAGCUGGUUUUAUGAGUUAUUGCAAUAUGUGACUGUUAACCAUAAUGAAUUCCUAUGCAACUGAAAGGGUAGUUUUGUUGCAAUAUAAUAGUUUUUGUACUUUUUUUUUUAUGGUUGAGCAUGGUAAAAUAAAUGAGCAAAAUUUUACUGCUGUAAUAUGGUUAUUUAUUUGUAAUAGCUUCAUGUUUUUUAAAACUUGUGUAUAAAAAUGUGCACGCUACUAUGUUUGUCUCAAAAAGUCCAGUUGUAUAUCUUAUAAAUAUGCAGUAUAUAUUUAUAUUUAUAAAAAAAAAAGUUUAUGGUAGGUUAGAGGGCUGGGAGCACUGCAUCGAUGAAUAUGGAGGACAUCACACCAGCACAUCACCACCACCACCACUACUGCCGCUGCCACCAUCACCACCACCACCACCACCCACAAGUUUCCUUCUGCACUGUGACUGUGAUACUACUCCGGCAGUGAUCCAUUUUGUACCAGGCACCAGUUGCACUUUGGUAUUCACUCGUAAUGGAUCAGUCAAGUAAUCCUUCAACACACUUAUUAUGCAGCAUGAGAAUUGUACAGUUGUGGGCAGAAAUUCACCUUAAACUUUUGUGAUUGCUUCUUAAACAGUGAUCUUCAUUUUAUAAUUUAUUCAUUAUCUGGUACUGAAUCAUUAAAUAAAAGAAUUAUAUUUAGUGAUGAAGUAUGUAAAUCAAUGCAGUGUAUAUUGUUAGAUGAAUAUUUUGUACUAUACAUGACCCAUGCUGUUACAGGAUUUGACAACUGUGAAUGGUUAAGUGUAACUGUUGCCUCACUUUAAAGGGAUGUUGACUUAUUGUGGUCAUCAUUAACAAAGUAUCUGACUUUGGAAACUUUUUAUUUAAUUCUUUAUCGGUGCACUCCAUACGAAAUUAUUUUGUAUAUAAGUAAUAUUCAGCCACAAGCAGCUGCAUCCCCACUGUUGGAUGAAUAAAUGGCAGUUAACAUCCCUGGUGCCUCCCAUGAUGAGAUUGAGUAGAUGCAGACUAAAUGGUAAGAUUGGCUAAUCAACAGCUACCUGCAUGUGAGCUGUAUUGGGGAGCCAGAACAGAGGGGCACUACAUGCACUACCAUUAUAAGGGAGGGAUCUGCCACUAGGUAAAGUUUUCCUUUUAGCCCUCCCCUAUAUUUCUAGCCUUUCAUAUUCUGUACAGUUGAUAUAUUUAGUUAUAUUUUACGGGUGUCCAUAUUAAAAGUUUUACAGAACAUGCUUUAUUGCAACAUAGGUGAGCAACGUAAUGAGUGAGUGUUAUGGUCUAACCUGUACCAUUGCUUCACGGACACUUUUUAGCCAGACACAAUCUGUACUUCUGUUAAUAAAUCAAUCAUAAGUAAUAAUAUGUAAAAAGAUUCACCUUAA